CGUCGCUCUGAGUGACUGGGCCAAAGUGAGUGAGACUCUCCGCUCCGCACCGGCCGCUCUCCGGGCUGCACACGGGCACGUUUCUCCCCCAAAACAACUCCAAAAGUGUCCGAAAACAAAACCCAAGUCCAGCUGAGCGCGCGACGGGAGCUCGAGGAGGACACGGCGAGGACGCGACGCGCUUUUUGGAUGCAUCUUGGAGAAUCUUUCAUUGGAUUUGGAACUUUUUUUUUUCAGUGCAGUAGCGCAAACUCCGAUGAAACAAAAGGCAUAUCAGCGCUUACUGUAGCUGCAUUGAGCGCUGGCCGUGCGUCAACUGUACGUGCACGCUCUUUACCGUGGAUCAGGACCGGACUGUCGUGUUUUUUGUGGACUGACGCCAAACACAUGAGCGGCUCUGAGCGGACUCUGGAUCCUCUGGGAUUACAAUAACGAGGCGAUGGAUAAUUUCUUCACGGAGGGGGAGCGGGUGUGGCUGCGGGAGGAUGAGCAGUACCUGCCCAGCACCGUGUCGUCCUGCGCUGGUGGAGUCGUCGUCUUCUCCACCGACUAUGGACAGGUGUACACGUAUAAGCAGAACGCCCUGACCCGUCAGAAGGUGCAGCCGAUGCACGUGAGCUCUGUGCGCUCUGUGGAGGACAUGUCUGCUCUGGAUGACCUGCACGACGGAGCCAUCAUGUACAACCUGUACCUGCGCUACCAGCAGCGCCUCAUCUACACGUACAUUGGCUCCAUCCUGGCUGCGGUGAACCCGUACCAGAGCCUGCCGGGCCUGUACGACCGCGCCGCCGUGGACCGCUACAGCGCCCAUCACCUGGGAGACAUCAGCCCCCACAUCUACGCCAUCGCCAACGAGUGCUACCGAGCGCUGUGGAGGAGGCCCCUCAAUCAGUGUGUGCUCAUCAGCGGUGAGAGUGGAGCGGGGAAAACUGAGAGCACUAAACUGAUCCUGGGCUUCCUGUCGGCCAUGAGCCAGCACUCCCAGGAGCUGUCAUCCAAAGACCGGACAUCCCACGUGGAGGAGGCCCUUCUGGAGAGCAGUCCGAUCAUGGAGGCCUUCGGAAAUGCCAAAACCGUGUACAACAACAACUCCAGUCGCUUUGGGAAGUUUGUCCAACUGCACUUCAGCCAAAAAGGCAACAUCCAGGGAGGACGCAUCGUAGACUACCUCUUAGAAAAAAACCGAGUUGUGCGUCAGAACCCGGGGGAGAGGAACUACCACAUCUUCUACGCUCUGUUGGCUGGUACCAACGCACAGCAGAAAGAGGCCUUUGGUUUGUCCUCUCCUGAUAGUUACCACUAUCUCCGUCAGUCGGGCUGCAUCCACGACCAGACAAUCAACGACAAAUGCACUUUUAACGAUGUUCUGAAUGCAAUGCGCACGAUGCAGUUCACAGAGGAGAACAUAGCAGAGGUUUUGCGUCUUCUGUCGGGAAUCCUCAACGCAGGAAAUAUUGAGUUUGAAACAGCAGGGGGCGCUCAGGUUGCAACCAAAUCAGCUCUGAGUCGGACGGCGGAGCUGCUGGGGCUGAACUCCGAGCAGUUGUCCGAGGUCCUCACGCACCGCUCCAUGAUCCUCAGAGGAGAGGAGAUCUGCACCCCUCUCACUGUGGAGCAGGCGGUGGACUCUCGGGACUCCAUGGCCAUGGCACUUUACUCUCAGUGUUUUAACUGGAUCAUCCACAAACUCAACUCUCGUAUCCAGGGCAAGAACGACUUCAGGUCCAUCAGCAUUCUCGACAUCUUCGGCUUCGAGAACUUUGAGAUGAACCGCUUUGAACAGUUCAACAUAAACUAUGCAAACGAGAAGCUGCAGGAAUAUUUCAACAAACACAUCUUCUCCCUGGAGCAACUUGAAUACAACAAGGAGGGUCUGGUGUGGGUGGACAUUGACUGGAUGGACAAUGGAGAGUGCUUAGAUCUGAUUGAGAAGAAACUGGGUCUGUUGGCUCUUUUGAACGAGGAGAGUCACUUCCCCAAAGCCACUGACGGCACCCUGCUGGAGAAACUGCACUGCCAGCACUCCAAAAACCCAUUCUAUGUGAAGCCUCGAGUCGCUGUCCACUUUUUUGGAGUGAGACACUACGCCGGGGAGGUGGUGUAUGACGUCAGAGGCAUGUUGGAGAAAAACAGAGACACGUUCAGAGACGACAUCCUCAACCUCCUCAGAGAAAGCAGGCUGGACUUUGUGUACGACCUGUUUGAACAUGUGCUGAGUCGGAAUAAACAGGACACUCUGAAGAGCAGCACUAAACACCGCCGUCCCACCGUCAGCUCCCAGUUUAAGGACUCUCUCCACUCUCUGAUGGCCACUCUGAGCACGUCUAACCCAUACUUCAUCAGAUGCAUCAAACCAAACAGCCAGAAGAUGCCGGACCAGUUUGACCAGGCCCUGGUGCUGAACCAGCUCCGGUACUCAGGCAUGCUGGAGACUGUGAAGAUCAGACGCACUGGGUUCCCUGUACGAAGGCCCUUCACAGACUUCUGUGCCAGGUACAAGGUGCUGCUGCAGAGCUCGUGGGGGCUGGACGACCAUAAGGCCUGCUGUGUGCACCUGCUGCACCUGUACGACAGCAGCGGGGCGGAGUGGCAGCUCGGAAAAACAAAGGUUUUUCUGCGCGAGUCGUUGGAGCAUCGUCUGGAGAAGCAGAGAGAGGUGGAGGUGCUCAAAGCGGCUAUGAUCAUCCAGGCUCACAUCAUGGGCUAUAUGGCCAGGAAGCAGUACCGGCGUCUGCUGCGGUGCAUCGUGAUCAUUCAGAAGAACUACCGCGCCUUCUACUGGAGGAGGCGCUACCUGCUGCUGCGCUGGGCCGCCCUGACCUUCCAGAGUAGGGUCAGAGGUCAGAGGGCACGGCGAGAGUUUGUCCUUCUCAAGGAGGAGAGGAUGAGGAGGCUAGAGGAGGAAGAGCGGAGGAGGAGAGAGGAAGAGGAGAUGGAGAGAGAGAGACUGAGGCUGGAGACUGAGAGGACGCUCCGAGAGGCUGAAGAAGCUGCUCGACUUGAGGAACUCCGCCUCCUGUCACUCGCUGCGUCCCAGUCUGAGCCCCAAACUCCGGAGACGGAUACCCCCACAGAGCUGCCCCCCGCCCCCUCACAGACCCUCCCUGCCCCCCCGCCUGCCCCCGCACCUGCCCCAGCGCAGGAGGAGCCCGGGCUGGAGGAGCGCGUGAGCAGCGAGGCCUCUCAGGUGGAGGAGAUCUUGCGCCUGGAGCGUGAGAUUCAGAGUCUCCAGAGGCAGAAGGAGCGGCAGGAGCUGUCCCUGACCGAGGCGUCCCUGCUCCGGCUCCAGAGGCUCAGGGACCUGGAGCUGCAGAGGCUGGAGGACGAGGCCUGUAAAGCCGCUCAGCACUUCCUCGAUUCGCUCAACUUCCACGAGAUCGAUGAGUGUGUGAGGAACAUCGAGAGCUCCCUGCAGACAGAGGAGAAGGACGGAGACCAGCACAGGAGAGAUGAAGAGGAGGUAGACGAGGGCUUCGGAGCCGACGAUGACGCGUUCAAAGACUCUCCAAACCCCAGUGAACAUGGACACUCGGACGGCCAGCGCACCAGCGGCAUCCGCACCAGCGACGACUCUUCGGAGGAGGACCCUUACGCCAACGACGGCGUGCUCCCGAUCACCAGCGCACCCCUGCCCUCCUCCGAAGCCCCCUCCGACGAGAUGGUGGAGCUGAUCCCCCCGGACGAGGACUCGGACUAUGACCAGGACGACUACGACGAGGGAGCCAUCGUGUCCAGUGGGAGUGUGGCGCUGUCCAAUUCCCGCAGUGGGCAGUGGUCACCUGACUACAGAGGCUCAGUGGGGACAUACAACAGCUCUGGGGCGUAUCGGUUUGGAUCAGAGGGAGCGCAGUCUUCAUUCGAGGACAGUGAGGAUGAUGAGAACAGAUUGGACACAGAUGAUGAGCUCUCAUACAGAAGAGACUCUGUGUACAGCUGUGUCACUCUGCCGUACUUCCACAGCUUCCUCUUCAUCAAAGGUGGUCUGAUGAACACAUGGAAACGUCGCUGGUGUGUUCUGAAGGAUGAGACGUUCCUGUGGUUCCGGUCCAAACAGGAGGCUCUCAAACAGGGCUGGCUCCAUAAGAAAGGAGGGGGCUCUUCCACUCUGUCCAGACGGAACUGGAAACGCCGCUGGUUCGUCCUGAGACACAGUAAACUCAUGUACUUCGAGAACGACGGGGAGGACAAGAUGAAGGGCGUGCUGGACGUUAGGGAGGCCAAGGAGAUUAUUGACAACACUGGGAAGGAGAAUGGGAUCAACAUUGUGACAGUGGAGAGGACGUACCAACUGAUCGCAGAGUCCGCUGAAGACGCCAGCCAAUGGUUCAGCGUUCUGACCCAGGUGCACGGCUCCACAGAGCAGGAGAUCAGAGAGAUGCACGACGAACAGGCCAACCCCCAGAACGCUGUGGGCACACUGGACGUUGGGAUGAUCGACUCUGUGUGUGCCUCUGAUAAUCCAGAGAGGCCCAACUCCUUCGUCAUCAUCACAGCUAACCGUGUGCUUCACUGUAACGCGGACACUCCCGAGGAGAUGCACCACUGGAUCACACUGCUGCAGAGGUCAAAGGGCGACACACGUGUGCAGGGCCAGGAGUUCGUCAUCAGAGGUUGGCUGCACAAAGAGAUGAAGAACAGCACCAAGGCCUCGCUAAAACUGAAGAAGCGCUGGUUCCUGCUUACCCAUAAUUCCCUGGACUACUACAAGAGUUCGGAGAGGAAUGCCAUGAAACUGGGAACGCUGGUCCUCAACAGCCUGUGCUCUGUGGUCCAACCUGAUGAGAAGGUCUUCAAGGAGACCGGUUACUGGAACGUGAUCGUGUACGGCCGUAAGCACUCGUACCGUCUCUACACAAAGCUGUUAAAUGAAGCCACGCGCUGGGCCAACUCUAUUCAAAAUGUGAUAGACUCCAAAGCUCCCAUCGACACGCCCACACAGCAGCUCAUCCAGGACAUCAAGGAGAACUGUCUAAACUCUGAGCUGGUGGAGCAAAUCUACAAGAGGAACCCCAUCCUGCGCUACAGCCACCACCCCCUGCACACGCCCCUGCUCCCACUGCCCUACGGAGACAUACACAUCACAGGCUCUCGUAGUGGCUCCUACUCCACCCUGCAGGACGAGGCUCUGAAGGUGUUCUCCUCCCUGCAGCAGCUAGAGGGCGCCGUGUCCGACCCGGUGCCGCUGAUCCAGGCCGUGCUCCGGACAGGGCAGGAGCUGAGGAGCCUGAGGGACGAGCUCUACUGUCAGAUCAUCAAACAGACGCUCCGCCCGCCUCAGCCCGCAAGCCCCGCCCACCUGAGCACAUGGAAGCUCCUGGCCUGCAUGUCCUGCACCUUCGUCCCGUCCAGGAGCAUCCUGCGCUACCUCAAGUUCCAUCUCAAGAGGACCAGAGAGCUGUUCCCAGGCUCGGAGAUGGAGAAGUACAGCGCUUUUGCUCUGGAGGCUCUGAGGAGGACGAGGAGCAGAGAGAACGUUCCGUCUCAGGAGGAGAUCUGCUCCAUCGUGGCCAGACAGGAGAUGACCACCACAGUGCACUGUCACGGAGGAGGCUCCUGCAAGAUCACCAUCAACUCCCACACUACAGCAGGAGAGGUGGUGGAGAAGCUUCUUCGUGGUCUGGCCAUGGAGGAGAGCAGGAACAUGUUUGCUCUGUUUGAACACUGCAGCUCCAGCGGGACAGAGAAGGCCAUCGAGAGCCGUGCGGUGGUCGCAGACGUCAUCGCCAAGUUUGAAAAAUUAUCGGCAGGUGCAGACCAGAGCGGAGCUGGGUGGAAGUUCUACUUUAAACUCUACUGUUUCCUGGACACUGACAAUGUUCCCAAAGACAGCGUGGAGUUUGCCUUCAUGUUCGAACAGGCCCAUGAGGCAGUGAUCCGAGGCCAGUACCCGGCCCCUGAGGAGACCCUUCAGUUCCUGGCUGCUUUACGCCUCCAGUACCUCCAGGGUGACUCCUCCUCCCAGACCUCCACCCCUGAGCUCUGCCAGGUCUUCCCCAUGUCCCGGCUCCGUGCCCGGGUACACAACUCCGCCAAGUCCUUCGCCCCCGGGACCUCCGGAACACUGGAGCGCUCCGGGGCGUCUGAGAGAAAGAGGUCCAGCUUUUUGGACGGGACCCUGAGGAGGAGUUUCAGGAGCGGCUCCGUGAGUAAGCAGCGGGUGGAGGAGGAGAGCAGUCUCGAGGCGUGGAUGAGAGACGAAGAGGCCACGCUCAGAGCUAGCGUCAUUGAUAAAUGGAAGAAACUGCAGGGGAUGAACCAGGAGCAGGCCAUGAUGAAGUAUAUGUCACUGGUGAAGGAGUGGCCCGGCUAUGGAUCCACGCUCUUCAAUGUGGAGUCUCGUGACGGAGCGUUCCCCUGUGAUCUGUGGCUGGGCGUGAGCAGAGAGGCCAUCUCUGUGUACAAACGAGGAGAGCCCUGGCCCCUGCAGGUCUUUCCCUACGAGCAGAUCCUGUCCUUUGGAGCUCCUCUGCCAAACUCAUACAAGAUCACAGUGGAGGGGAGAGAGCUGGUCUUCGAGACGCAAAUGGUGAUGGACAUAGCCAAACUGAUGAAGGCCUACAUCAGCAUGAUCGUCAAGAAACGCUACAGCAACUGUCAGUCUGUGAGCAGCCACGGGAGCCAGAACAGCGCCUGGUGAAGUCCGCGGCGCCCCCUACAGACUCUAUAUGAACCAUCUCCACCCUCUGAGAGCAUAGACUCCAGAAUAUGAACCAUCUCCACCUUCUGAUCUUUUAGACUGUAAAUGAACCAGAGCAGAGCCAGGUGAACUCUGCUCCACCUUCUGAUAAAUCUUCUUAUAGAUUCUAUUUGAACCAAUGAAGACGUGAACAAAUGAAUGAAUGAAUGCUGGACCAGAACCACAAGCUCUUAAGAACCUACCACAAACCACCACUAAAGCUGGACUAGAAACGUACAGUAUACUCAAAGUACUUUCAACGGGUGGACUUUGAAACUGACUGUACAAAAAAGCAGGACCGGUUUGUUGGUUAAGCACUUACUUCAGGUUAAUUCACAAAGUGCUUGUGCGAAAAAAAAUUGAAAACACAAAAAAAUACAAACGCCACAGUUGAGAAGAGAACCAGCUUUCAAAAUGUGACUUAUGCCCUGUUCAAAUUAACAUUCAAGCGUCUUAUUGUAUCUUCAGUAACUAAUACAUAAGGGUCAGUCCGUAUGAAAUCAGCCUCCCUCCCUCUCAGAUUUGGCAAAAAAAAAUUCAAAAAAUUUCUAAAAUCACCAAAUGAAAGAAUCUCAAAUUUUAGCUCAGUCCCUUGAGUCGUUCCUGUGUUAUGGCCCGUUGAAAUUUUGGUGCCAUGCUCACUUUUUCUGAAGCCUUAAUUUAUAAACAUGUUUGAGAGACCAGAACUUCAUAAAAAAUAGAGUUAGGAAGCUGAGAAUUUAUAUUUUUGUAGAUUCUUGGUCAUAGAUUCUGAAUCUGUUGUCAAAUAUUUGGUAUCUUUAUUAAGGGGGGCGCUGUGGGCUCCCAAAAUCUCACAAUCACCCAAUUUUUUACUCCAACCUCCAAGCAGAUAUUUACAAACUAACUGUUGAACCUGAAUAUUUGAGAGAAUGACCAUUUCUGACAACAACCUCACACUUUUCUGAGCUUUCAUGUGAAUGGUGUAGAGCUCCAAAUAUGGUCACUAACCAAAUGUGAUGUUUUUGGCCAUAACUCAGGAACGACUGAAGGGAUUGAACUCAAAUUUGAGAUUCUUUCAUUUGGUGAUUUUAGAAAUGUUUAGAAUUUUUUUUCAGCCAAAUUUGAGAUGGCUCAUAAGGGAGAUUCCUUGGAAACGGCUGAUUUCAUACGGACUGACCCAUAACUAUAUCUAGGUUUUUAUGUAUAGCCCUAAAUACACAAAAACACAACCAAAAAAUAUCAGUUCCGUCAGUGUUUUCUGAUGACAUGCUCACGGAAGAACCUAUGUUAAAGCCAAAUACAGCCUACUACAAGCUAAAUAAAUAUUAUAUAGUCAAUCAGUGUAUUUCCUACAUAAUAUAACUGCUAUCUUUCUUUGAAAUCUAGUCGACAAUGUACAUGAAAUAAGGAUAUAAUUUAAUCAGAUAUGAACAGGGCCGAGUCACGACAACGAUGAAACCAAAGAGACCUCCGUUUUGAAGUUUUUACAUGUGGAUUUUUAAAAGAAAAGCAUUUUAAUGUGUUUGGAGUCGAUCAGACGUUUAAAAUUUGAUUGUAGGUGUGAUUUUUGAAUGUUAAAAAAAACAAACAAAAAAACAAGACAGUGAAAUGGAGACUUCAAAAUGUUAUGAAAAAAUCUCUGGGAUGACCUGUCCGUUGUAAAUAAUACGAGUGUGAUGUUUGUCCCGUAUGUUUUGGUUUAUUUCGUUUUAUCGAUAGUGUAGAUACAAAGUGCCUCGUUCAAAUCCGGGCGCGGACUUUUUAACUGAUUCCAAAGGUGCUCGUUGUUUUAAACUGCUCUGUGUAAGUCGUCGACAAUAGAAAUAUACAAAAAUAUAUAUGGAUUUUAACUCUAGGAUUGUCCAAAGUAUCGAAAAUCUGAUACGAGUUCAUACUAAACAUCUAAUAUCGAAACUAGAAUCGAUCACAGAUAAAAAGUGGAGCUUUUCUCAACAGUUUUAGUGUCAUUUUGAGCUUUAGCAGAACGAAUCUAGACCUCAUACUAAGGUAAAAAAAAAAAAAGGAAUUUUAUUAUUAAAAAAGGAGCAACACUAUUUGUAACGAUUCCAUAUUGUUGAUUUUUGUUAUUACCACUUGGAAAAUCAGACAGGAGCAACGUCUUUACUAUUUCAUUUUGUUAUUUUAGUCACAUUCAUUGGUUUGUAUAAAUGGACGUGUACAACUGAUUUUAUAAAAACUAGAGUCGUAUUCUUAUUUUUUGUGGCCUCAAGAAUAUUCUCAUAAUAAUUCUCAAAUUAAUGGUUCUGAGGCAAAUUACUUUUUCCGUUAUGGGCUCCAUUUUGAAACUAUUUAAGAAAUGUAAUCACCAGUUUUGACUAGUUUGGGAACAUUUUUUUUUUCAGAAUCACAACUGACUUUAUAAAAACUAGAUUAGCAUUCUUUUUUUUUUUUUUUUUUGUGGCCUAAAGAAUAUUUUCAUAAUAAUUCUCAAAUUAAUAGUUGGCCCCAUUUUGAGAACUUUAGACUAUUUAAGAAAUGUAAUCACCAGUUUUGAAUAGUUUUGUCACAUUUUUUCAGAAACACCUAGUUUUGUCUUUUAAAAAAUCCAAAUAUUGGUAUACAAAGAAAUAUUAACUUAAUAAAACAGAAAUAUAAAAUAAAGCUUAACUAGUCUCCUGUCUGGUUUUCCAUAUCAUAACUAUCCUGCAUCUACUAUAGUGUAUAAAUUGGUUCAUUUUUAAAGGUGCACUAUGUAACUUUUUGGUUGGGAGUUUGUCACCUGGUUGUUUUGUAUGGAUGUGUCAUUGCUCUGACUGGAAUGUUCCACAGUAUGACUUUAAACAGCACUACUUUACUGUACAUUUAUUUAGUGUGGUUUAGUGUGGUUUAGACCUGCUUUAGACCUGGUUUAGUCCUGGUUUAGACCUGGUUUUAGUC